AUGCCUUUCCGUGACCAGGACUGGGAGGACUUCCAGCGGGACUGUGAUUUCUUCCCAGCCUACACCGACUACGUGUACGGUCUCGACACACGUCCGGGGGUCACAGAUGAGCCAGGCCUGCACCCGCAGAUCUAUGGCCCGCCACAACCGCGUCCGCAGCGCCUGUACGGUCUUCCUCAGUCCACGCAAUACUUCGCCGCCUACGACCCGGUGCGCGAUGCAGACCGUGCCAGUCCGGACACUAUGCAGUCUCCAAAGUCGACUGAGACGAAGCCUCCAAUAGUUGCCGCUGUUUCGCCAACAGUCACUCGAGCGCUCUUGCAGAUGUUCCCAAUGCAGCAACCUACGUCCUUGCUGAGGCACGAGUCGUCGUUGGAGUCUCCCCUGCCAACGCCCACUCCAGCCCCGCGCACCUUGCCCACACCAGAUCCGCCAAUACCAUUGCUUCGCCCAGGCGAGCUCAUUGCGAAUCCUGCGUACUCCUCCAUCCCGCAACAGGAACGCAUCGCCGCCAACAAGAGCAUCAUCCAGGCCUGGAGCAUCAUCAAAAGCGAUGCUAUAGCAGUACAGAAGGCGAGUGCAACAAACUACAUCCAAAAGGUGUCCCGUUUGGCAGCCAAUAAGCGACAAGAGUACCAGGAUCACGAGCGCAUCGGCCUGGAAGCUCAAGAAGCGGAAGCAGAGCGGGAGGCGCUACAGCGAAGCAAGCAACAAGAACAUCAACAUCACGACAGCUUCGCAGGUUCGAAGGCCCAAUCGGCAGAGGACGUAGAGUCGCAAGCUGAAGGAGAAGGGCUGGUCGGCCAUACCUACGCUAUUUGCGAUAUGUCCCAGCUUCCUGCAUACGUGCAGUCGCGCCUGUCGCAGCUGUGGGCCUGCACACAGAUUGUCGCCUUGCGAGCUCCUCCCACCAACCAGACUCAACUCGAUUUGCACCGACAGGCGCAACAGUUCUUGAUAGCCUUCAAGCAGUCGGUGCCGCCGAGAGGCAGGUGGUGGGUCGACCUUGUCGUCGACAGGAUGCUCCAGCUACGCAAACAAGGCGGAGAUCCACAGACGGUACUGGAAACGAUGCCGACCGUGGAAGAGACUGAUCCUUUACAGUCUUGA